AUGAUUUUGUACAAACAUGUUUUCUCCAAAAGAGUAAUUAGGAUUAAAAAAGAAAAGAAAAAAGAGUAUUACUUAUUCGCCAGAGCACAAAGAUUGGCUAGCCACACAUUCGUUGGGAAGGAUGUAAAGGAAGACAGUCGUUAUAACUAUGCUUGUACGAGUACAGAAAAAAAAUGUUUGAGAAAUUUGAUUAGACUAAGAAGAGAAUUAUAUUCCUUGUUGAAUGUAACUCAUUGCCCAACCGUUCAGCUUCUUCCAUCAGACAUUCCACUUUGCAAAGAAGUAGUAACAAAUAAGGAAAAUUUUUCUUUUUCCAAUGGUGUGAAUUCGGGCACAGGGGGUAUUAUUUUUUUUCCAGAUGGGAACCAAAAUCGCCUGAACAAGUGUUCAGGCAGAAUAUUACGAAAAUGGGACACAGUAGAGAGUGAAAAUAAGAUGGUUUUGACCAGCAAGGUGGAAGAAAAAUAUAUAGAAGAGAAACUCAAUCAUAUAUGUACACUGCUUAGCAAAAUUAGUCUUAAGAAAAUUCUCGAAUUAUAUGAAAAGCUAAAAAAUUAUAAGGAUCUAUAUGCAUUAAUUUUAAUCAUGUAUCUACACAAGAAUAACAGCAUAGAUAAUAAAAGGGGGCUGUAUCAGGGAGGAAACAUAAAUUGGAGAAAAGCUACGACUAGCGAAUUGUUAGGAGUUUUUCGUAUAUGUACAUCUUACUUUAUGAACAUGCAGAGAAGCAUGCACAUGAACAAGCACAUGGGAUUGAACAAAAACACUGACUUGGGUUUGAACAGCAAUAUAGACAUGAAACUACAACAGUGCAUGAUAAAACAUUUCGAUGAUGCACCCCGUUUGUGCAAAGACAUAUUGAAGAAUUUAGCAUAUGCAAUUUGCAAAAACUUGUCGACAUUAAAUGUGAAAGAAAUGUACGAAAUUGUUAUUGCUAUACUUCGAUUGAGUGUUAUAGAUCCAAUUUUUCUGGAUCAGAAUAUGGUUAAUGAACUAAUUAAGAAGUUUUCUUUUCAACUACAUCUCAAAAACAAUUUCAUAGUAGAAAGAGUGCCAGUUGGAUUCGCUAAGGUGUCUGGUAAGAUUCAAGGAGAAGAAAAAAAAAAAGAAGAUAUGAGUAAUGAUGUUGUGAGAAAUGUGAGUAGAAGAAAGAGAUGGUAUAGGGAGAGAUACCAAAAGUAUGAAUUAGAAUCGGGUACGAUUCAUUUUGUUGACUUGACUAAGUUACUGUACGAAGUUGUGAUUUUAAAUAAAAGUAUUCAUAGAGUUAAACGUGGGGAAAGAUCAUAUCUGGACAUGUCAGAGGAAUACAAAAAUUUGAUAAACAACAUCAUUACAUAUUCAUUAAAUGAAAUUAAAAAAGAUAAGGAAUAUAAGGAUAAAUUUUUUUGGAAGAGUUGCACAUCCCUACUUUACAGCUUAACGACUUUGUAUAACAAAAAAUGGCAUGUCGAUUUCAUGGAAAUUUUUUAUCACACUAUGAAUCUAUAUGAACAAUGUUUCAACAUUGAGUUACGUGGAUUACAUAUUCUGAAGUGUUACGAAUUUAAAAAUUUCCUUCUCCAAAAAUUCUCAAAUGGGCAUAGGAAAAUGGAAGAAACAGAUUCUUAUGAAGAGAUGAAAAAAAUACAACUUCAUCGAAGUAUUAACAGUGUAAGCAAUUCCAAGACGAUAUCUAUAAAUUUUAUCAUUUCAACUACUAAUGAACCUAAGAGGAGGAAACCUCCCAUCUUCUGUCUUGAAGAAUUCAUCAAGUUCGUUUAUGCCUUAACCUUUUUUCAUAAAAAAAUGGUGUCCUCCAUGUGUGAAGGUAGAAAAGAGAUUCAUAAGGGUGAUCGCGUGAGGAAAAUUAUUUUGUCAGCUUUGUUAGAUAUAUCUGAAUCUGUUGAAGAAGCCAUUUUUAAUGUUCUAUCAGUGGCGGGAGGGCCGUCAAAUGGAGGGCCAUCCAAUGAAGAACCGUCCAAUGGAGAACCGUCUGUGGGAACCCACUCCAAGAAGAAUCACAUUGCGAAUUCCCAUCUGACAAUCUGCAGUGGUGAAAACAAAGAAGGAAGCAUGUAUAUUUUGCUGAAACGGUUGAGCCAUUUGUUAAAUGUAUUUUAUGAACACAGAAUUGCAGACAUGAAGAUAUUAUACUUUUUAACAUUUCUCAUAAGCAAAUGUAGGAAUGUCGAUUUGACUGUUCUGAGUAACAUUUUGAAUAUUUUCACCAAGUUGGAUUUUUCAUAUGAUGCAUAUUUCCUUAGUUUUUACGUUUCUAAUUACGUGGCUCACGUCAAGCUGGACGAGAACGCCCUCAGGGGAAGCAGCCAAGAUGGGAGAAGCAACGCAGAUGGGAGAAAGAACCCAAAUGGGAGAAGCAACCCAGGUGAGGGAAUCAACCCAGGUGAGGGAAUCAACCCAGGUGAGGGAAACAACCCAGGUGAGGGAAACAACCCAGGUGAGGGAAACAUCCCAGGUGAGGGAAACAACCAAGAUGUGAAUUUUUCUCCCAGUGUGGAGAAACAAAAAAGGGCAUUGGUGACGGCGUACGUGUGGAAGGGCUUCCUAAGGAGCAUAAGGAGAAGCGUGGAAGAGAAAAAAAAGGUGAAGGAUAUAUCGCCAGUGAACAUAACAAAAAUUGCAAAUGGUUUGAUGUAUUAUAAAUGUUUAAAUAAAGAAUUAAUCGAAAUGAUCAUAAAAAUAAUAUCUACAGAGUAUAGAAAAAAGGAGGAAAGUGGUGAUAGAGAAAUGAAUUUAGCGAAGAAAGUUCAAGCUUGUACUAAAUUAGGAUUAAGAAAUGAACACAAAAGGAAUAAUGAAAGUGAAAAUUUUAAUUUAAUUUGUCUUGGAUCGUUGUUAAACUACAUGAGCAUAACAGAUGACAUACAAUGUUAUGAUGUGAAAAUAAAACUGAUUAAAAUGAUAAAGGAUAAAAUAAUAAGAUAUGAGAAUUGCUUCGACACGAGAUUGUUGUGCAGUAUAUACGUUAGCUAUGGCCGAUUAAAUAUAUACGACAUAAAUCUAUUUUAUAAAAUAUAUGAGAGAUUAAAUAGGAAACACUUAAAUUGCAUGAACAUGCUAAGUAUACUAUCUUACAUGAACAAAGCAGGUAUAUAUGACAGAAAAGUAUUGCACACUUGUUUUAGUCAUGUAUUUACAAAGUUGAAAGGAAACAUUGCACAACAAUUGUCAUAUUCAGUUCAAUUUUUAUUAAUAUUAACAUCCAUCGGUCAGCUAUAUCUUUUUGAUAAUUUUUACACUAUUUUAGCCUACGCGUUUGAAGUGAUUAAUUGGGUUUUUAGAGCAUGUAAAAAGGAGAAAGACAUGGGAAAAGAAAAAGAAAAAGAAGAAGAAAAAAAAAUUAUUUUAACCUAUAACCAUUAUUCCAUGCUCCUCAUUAGUUUGCACAUCCUCUAUCAUUACUUUUUGGAUAUUCAACAUGGGGAUAAAAAUGAAAAAUUAUUAAAUAAUGUCAGUAUGGCAUAUUUACGCCUUCUUCAUUUUUUUCUAAGUCAGAAUUAUGAACAAAUUCACCAAUUAAGUGCAACCAAUUCGGACAUUCAAAGAAAUGUUAUGACUAUUCUCCGUCACCUACUACCGCAAGAGAUAAACAUAGUUUAUGAGUACGGUUUGUGUUACACACCCUACGUGAUCGACAUGGUUCUGCAGCCCAGACAGUUCAACGUCCAUUCGACAUAA